AUGGGUUUCCCACUACCUAGCCAGGAGCUGCCCAUAGAGCAUUCAUGUGAUCGAAUUUUCAAUGAAAGAAACAACAAAUCCGAUCGUAAUUGGUUGCCCGCUAGUGUCACUUCCUUACCGAAAAGUGCCGUGCAAGCUGGGUAUGACGUAGAUGGUGAUCCUAUUUAUGUGGGGAGAGUUCUUCGCAAGGGUGAAAUGCUACCCGUCAAAGUAAUACCUAAUAAGGGAAGAGCUUACGCUGCCUGGGACGGCGCGGAGCAUGUAACAAAAGAGGCGGAAUUACUGAGAGGUCGUUACUAUGUGUGGAUGCCUUCUAUUGGGGGAAUUAUUCCGGCGCAUGCUGUACGUUUAGGCCGCACGGUUGAAGGUGAGCCAUUGUACGUAGGUCGUUGUAGGUGGAAUGGAAGUUUGAUUCCUGGCAAAAUUCAACCGAGUCAUGGCUGUUUGUACUUUCCUUUUGAUGGCGCCGAACUUCGAACAGAGCGAUAUGAAGUUUUAGUACAACCAGAGACUUGGGUUUCGUCUUCAGGACAUAAAAUUGUGGUUGGCUCGGUUUUAGCUGGUGAAGAUGCAGAUGGUGAUGCUAUCUACGUAGGUCGUGCAUAUCAUGGGAAUAGUUUGUUGCCUGCUAAAGUCAUACCGAGCAAAGGCUGCGCUUUUGUAUCAUAUGGUGGCCAAGAAUAUGUAAAAUAUGACUUUGAAAUUUUGGCUGGUAACGGGUACAAGUGGUGGGUGACCGAUUGCAAGAACUGUUUACCAGCUGGAUCUGUAGUUUGCGGACGCACUGCCGAAGGCGAUCCCUUGUAUAUUGGUCGUGGUUAUUGGGGUGGCAGCUUAAUUCCUGGAAGAGUGCAUCGUUCCCAUAGUUGCCUUUAUAUACCAUUUGAAGGGGAAGAAAUUCGCAUACAAACUUUUCAGGUGUUGACUAGACCUAAAGUCUAGCUUUUUGAACAGCUAUUACUAUCAUAAAUUCCAAAUAUAUUUUCGUGAACCAA